UUUAUUUUGAAAGUCCAGGUAGGAAGUGGUAUUGGUUUCCUCUCGCUGCCUUGCCGCGGGUAGCCCACAGUGAGUGUAGUUUGUGAUAAUUUGGACUACAUGCAGUACAGAGCCUGAUACAUUUGGUGCUGGAGGACGGGCCGCUUACACCUAACAGCUGCAUGAAGGAAAAUGAUGAAGAAGCCUGGAAAACACAAGCUUAAUGUUUACUUACUCCAUAAAAACGUGGAUAAUUAGUGCUGUCUCUCUCGCACUCCUCUGGAAACAAAGCGAGAGUAACCAAAUGCGGAUUUUACUUCAUCUACGGCUCCAGUUGUUUAGGUAGUGGCAUCACCGGCUGUCGCACUGUUGAUUUAAAAUUACACUGCUACAGGGCCUUCAUUUUGAAAAAGCAUCACUGGCCUACUUGUUUGGUAACGUUAGAAGAACUGUUUUGACUACAACGAGGAGGGGAAAGCAUUUUGGGCGGCGAGAUGCACCAUUUGGAGGACUGAGCUUCAACAUGGGAGAAAGAAGCAGGGUCUUGCAGCCAUGAUGACGCCGCCAUGUUGCGUUGAGCUGGGAAUAUCUGCAUCUACAGCACCAUGUUUAGCGUGAGCUCACCAGCAACAAUGCCUGUUAACCUUGGGGAAGAAUGGUUCACUCCACUACUGUUCCCCUUCCAGAGGCAGGGGACAUUAACGCCAGUCUCUGCUGCCUCGUUAAGGGGCCGCUGAGCCUUUCCGAGAGGCCGUCUAUGGAGAAUAUGUCCAUGGCGAACACUUCCCUGGGCUCCCGGGCGCCCCCGGAGCCGGUCACACCAACAGCGGAGGGCCUGAAGAGCCAGCAAGGCAUUAGUCUACCUCUGCAGGUCUUCUUCUGCUUCAUCAUGGUCGCCAUCCUGCUUUUGGCUCUGUUGGGAAACGUGGUGGUGUGCCUUAUGGUGUACCAGAGAUCUGCCAUGCGCUCAGCCAUCAACAUCCUCUUGGCGAGUCUAGCGUUUGCAGACAUGAUGCUGGCCAUCCUGAACAUGCCCUUCGCUCUGGUUACCGUCGUGACCACCCAGUGGAUUUUCGGAGACAUUUUCUGUCGAGUUUCGGCCAUGCUCUUUUGGUUCUUUGUGAUGGAGGGUGUGGCUAUACUGCUUAUAAUAAGCAUAGAUCGUUUUCUUAUUAUUGUCCAGAAGCAAGAUAAGCUGAGCCCACAGAGAGCUAAAGUGCUCAUAGUGGUCACAUGGGGGCUCUCUUUUAUUUUCUCUUUCCCCCUGGCUGUUGGUUCCCCUCCCCUACAGAUCCCUCCCAGGGCCCCUCAGUGUGUAUUUGGCUACAGCAUUGAGCCUGGUUACCACGCCUAUGUAUUGAUACUAAUGCUAGUCUUCUUCUUCAUACCUUUCAUGGCCAUGCUGUACACAUUUAUGGGGAUCCUGAACACCAUCCGCCACAACGCCAUCCGCAUCCAUAGCCACCCAGACAGCAUCUGUCUGAGCCAGGCCAGCAAACUGGGCCUGCUGAGCCUCCAGAGGCCCUUCCAAAUGAACAUAGACAUGAGCUUCAAGACCCGUGCCUUCACCACCAUCCUCAUCCUAUUCUCUGUGUUUACAGUGUGCUGGGCACCCUUCACUGCCUACACUCUGGUAGCUACAUUCAGUGAUGGCUUCUACCACAAAGACAGCUUUUUUCAAAUCAGCACAUGGGUCCUGUGGUUGUGCUACCUCAAGUCAGCCCUUAACCCUCUCAUUUACUACUGGCGGAUCAAGAAGUUCCGCGAUGCCUGCCUUGAUCUGAUGCCCAAGUACUUCAAGUUUCUUCCUCAGCUGCCAGGCAACACGAAGAGGCGCAUACAGCCGAGUGCAGUGUAUGUGUGCGGAGAGCAUCGCUCUGUGGUUUAAAGGAAAAAUCCACCCUCAAACACUUCAACACUGUUAAAAACACAUCUUUACAUAAUGUACUGUUGCAGUUCUGGGCCUGUGUUUUUGUUUGGUGGUAUACUUCUCUUGGCAGGUGAAUGAAAACAGCGCCACAUUAAAAAAGGGAACUAGCUGCGUUGGUGGGGACGUGUUGCUACAGGUACCGGGUUAGAAGAUGAAAUACAAUCCAGGAAGUCCAGGUUGUGUGAGAUAUCCAUGAGUUUUAAGGCUAAAAACUCAUGGACCAAAGCACCUGUGCAUCGUGGUAUUAGACAGGAUUUUACAACUUUGGAAUAGGGCUGGGUAUUGUUUGAAAAUUUUCAAUACUAGUUCUGAUAUCAUACCUGAGUUUCAGAUUGUCAUUUACAAAAGAAGCCAAAUGUGUAUAGCUGUUUGUAUUUAGACAACUUUUAACAUCUGACAAGAAUUUUGAACUAGAACUUUGCCUAAAUAUAAUACAGCAUAAAAUGGCUCAUUUUUAAUGUGUCAUGUCUGUGACAAAAUAUUCUAAUCUCAAGGUUCACUCACUAGCUUUUUUGAGGGGCUUUUGUCCAUAUCCUUCUUUAAUAAUGGAACUUGCUCAGGUGUGACCUAUACAUGGAACUUUUGUCACAUGAACAGAACAACAAAAGGUUUUAUGAGGCAGGGAGUGUGUAACCCUUGUCUCUGUUCAGGCUUUGGGAUACGGUUGAAAGGUCCAGAAAUAGCUAGUAAGUGAACCUUGAGGUUCAUGGUACUAUUUGACCAAAGAAUUAAACAACAUUACAAAUCUGGUCAGACAUUCGAUGUCAGCUUCCGGUACUUGUUAGAUUUUGAAACGGUGCUAUGCACACACACAAUAUAGUCGGCACUAAAAGGUAUUGAGGUUCAAUACCCAGCCCUGGUCUGGAAACUUAUCUUAACAACAAUCAUUUUCUCCACUAUCUUGAUGAUUGCGAGGUAAACAAUAGAAUUAUGCCCUUCUCAUUACAGAAUUAUCUACCAGUGUGUGUGUGUGCUACAUAUUUGAUUGGCCAGUGCAGUGCAUUACCGGAUGAUGUUGUGCUGUGGCAAAAGUUGAGUUUUCUUGCUGUAUUGAAACCCCCACAUUGUUUUAAUGUAGUGCUAAUGUCUGAGGUUCAAUAACAGUCAGGGUGUGUAUGAAGAUUCUCAGGGUCAUGGGAUAUCAAAUAGGUCACUGUGUGGAAGAUGUUUUUACAUCAGAGGCUUCAUCCCUGGUGAAACCUACAAUUUUCAGUUCUCUCAUUGUGGUCAGGCAAGGUUUAAUAGGCAUUUACUUCCCAUUUUGAAAGGGGAAAACAUGGUGGCUUUACUGAAAGUAGUUACAGUAUCAUGCUUCAUUUUCUAUAAUAUUCAGGAGUUAUCGGUGGCAGCAGGUCAUUUAGAAUCGUUCCUCAUACCAGUGCCGAUCCAAUACCUGAAUAAUGCUUUUUUCAAUUCCAAAGUUCUCACAUAUUAAAUGUUGCAACAAAAAAUGCAACCAUAUUAGAUUUUUACCUAAAUACAGUCACAUUAUUAUUGAAGUCAAGAACUAUCUGGUUAAAGUCAACAAGUUACAAAACUGUCCAAAUAUUUGAUGCCAGCUUUUGAUACUUGUCUUGACACAUUGCUUUUGGUACAAAAGGUAUUUAAAUUCGAUACCCAGCUCUACUCAGUAGACCAGAAUGCAGUGCAGCAACAAGGCAUUUCCUACUAAGAAUAGAACCCUGAAUAAACUUGCAGUCUUUCUCUUAUGCUAUCACUAUAGCUAUGGCUCUUUCUCCACCUACUCAACCCUCAGCACACACUUCUUCUCUGAUACAAUGUCAUUCUGGGUAAUAAAAGAAACCUUUAAGUGAAGUAGUCAACUGAAGGAAACUAUUAAAGUAAAUUAAAACACUUUAUAGCUCCUGGAAUGCACUGAAUGGCACAUACUGUUUGAGAGUAUAAAGAGGCGCGUUAAUAUGGUACUAUGAAGACGGGUUUGACUCGACCAUAUGUCUUUUCUUGCCACUGGAAUCACAAGUCGAGGGGAAAGGACAGUGUGUUGCGUAGCUGCGUAGAAUUAGUUUUAUGAGGCAUGUAAAUUAACAGCUUAAAUGGAAUUUUAAUGUGGUCAGAAAGUGGCCACGACACUUUGGAUGUGUGUAUUUCUAUUUAAAUGUUUUGGAUGUGCCUAUUGAUUAGUCCAUUUGCCAGUCUGAAUGCUGCAAUAUCUGGUGAAAAUGUGCAAUUUCAGUGUACUGUACUGUUGAAUGUAAUAAAGAAAUAGACAUUUCUUACCUUGGUAAA